AUGACGGCCUUUGGGCCAGAUGGCAAAGACACUGCCUUUGACAUCUGGUCCAAAGGACAUUCCUUUGCAGAAGCCUUCUUUCUAGAAUGUCGAAAAAACGAUGAGAGCCAGCUUCCUCCUGUAAUAGAGCGCCAGGCCGCCAUUGCUGUGUUGAGCCGCCUCGUCCGAGGUCACACUGUUGCCAGGGUCAUGAACACAGACAGCUCCUUUGCAAAGAGCCCCACGGAAAAUACUGUGAAACCACAGAAGAAAUACAGGGCCUUUGCAGAUAUUUCCAAAUACUUCUCUCGGAACCAGUGGAAAAAGAUGAGCUAUUCUGACAAAGUCACCUGUGUGUAUUUGAAAAGAAACUACACCACCAUGACUAGACUAGGUCUGAGAGUCUCUCUGCCAACUUUCAUGCGUGGUCAUGAAAGGGAUGUGCCAACUGAUGAUCCUCAUGAAGGGUCCAGCCGCGGGGCUCAGGAUAAUCCAGCUAAGAGGACUCAGAAACGUCCGAAGAUGCCCAAAAAGCCAGCAAAGAAAAGCCAUGAUGUAAAGAUAGAGCUAGAGGAUGAACCUGAGGAUGAACAGGCUUUGAGAGCGCAGUGCGCCUCAGGAGAAGCAAGCACCUCUGGGAGGAACGAUUCAGAGAUACCUGGCUUCAGGCAGAGAAUGGUGAGUAGCUGGGACAGCCGACUACGUGAACGGACGAAUCGCGUAGUGUAUGAAGAGAUCAGCGACCCUGAGGAAGAAGCCUGA